AUGGCUUCAUCGUGGCUUCGCAGUCUCACUUUGCCUCAGUUGGCUGUCCUGACGCUGAGUGUGGGCGUGGUCUACAUUGUCGGGAUCGCCAUCUAUCGUAUCUACUUUCAUCCACUGUCCAAGUACCCAGGACCGAAGCUCGCGGCAGCCACUCGUCUCUGGUGGACCUGGCAUCAGUUGCGUGGCAAAUUUCCCUUGACCGUCCAUGAGCUUCAUUUGAAACAUGGUGAGAUUGUCCGGAUCGCUCCGACAGAAUUGUCCUUCACAGGAGCGGAUGCCUGGAAAGAAAUCUAUGGUUUCCGCAGUGGACUUCCCGAGAAUCGCAAGGAUCCUGGAGAGAACACCGAUGCCGACAAGAGACAUCCCACGAUCAUCAAUGCGGACCGGAAGACGCACGGAGACUUGCGCAAGCUUCUGUCCAACGCCUUCUCAGAUAAGGUGUUGAAGGGUCAAGAGCCGGUCUUGCUGCACUACAUUGACCUCUUGGUGACUCGCCUCCACGAGGUGGUGGACAAGGGAGAGCCGGUGGAUAUCGUGAAGUGGUUCAAUUACGUGACCUUUGACAUCAUUGGGCAUUUGGCGUUUUACGAAUCCUUUGACUGCCUCAAAAACACCGAGUAUCACCCGUGGAUGUCGAUGAUCUUCAACGCCAUCAUGUACGUGCAUUACAUUCGCACCUUCCAGCGCUUCAUCGACGUUCGGUCGAUCAUUCUGGCCAUUCUGCCCAAACGCAUCGUCGAACGGCGCAAGUGGCAUAUCGGCCUGGUGGAAGAAAAGGUGAUGCGCCGAAAGACACAACACCCAGACUACAUUGAUUUCAUGAGCCACCUGAUCCAGGCCGAAGAGAAAGGCAAAUUGACCAACCCAGACCUGGUGGCCAAUGCUAAUCUCAUGGUCAUUGCGGGGAGUGAGACGACGGCGACGAUCCUGUCCGGCACGAUCUACUAUCUGUGCACUCACCCUCGCGUGAUGCAAAAGCUCCUCGAUGAAGUCCGCACCUCGUUUGAGUCCAGUGAGGAGAUCAACAUUGCCCGAAUUAGCCGACUGAGUUACAUCAAUGCCGUGAUCGACGAAUCUUUCCGACUCUAUCCCCCGGCUGCGGGCAGUCAUCCUCGCAUUACGCCGCCCGAGGGGGCCAACAUUAUGGGCGAAUGGCUCCCUGGCAAUACCUCAAUGGGUAUGGCUCAAUAUGCUGUGUUCCGCUCGCCCGCCAAUUUCAAGGAUCCGGAGCUGUAUCUGCCAGAGCGUUGGCUCGAUACAGACGGUCCCUAUGCUCACGACAGACGCGAAGCUUUGCAGCCGUUCUCCUUUGGUCCACGAAACUGCAUCGGUCGAAAUCUGGCCAACAUCGAGUUGAGACUGAUUCUUGCUAAGAUGCUGUGGCACUUUGAUUUCGAACUCAUGCCAGAAUGCCGCCAUUGGCCUGAUGAACAGUACAUCUACACCUCGUGGGAGAAGAUUCCGCUCAAAGUUCGAAUCACUGCUCGCAAGUGA